GAUCAGAUCGCUGAAAGGUUACAGCAUCAAAAGAUAAAGUCAAGGGAGUAAAAAAGUAAAAACAUCAUGGCUCUAAGAAGUGCUUUAACACGUUUGCUCACCACCAGCCACAAAUGUGUGGUGGUCACUGCAGGCAGAGCCCAGGGCACAGCUGCUGCAGCUGCAAAAGAUGCAGAAGAGGUUAAGAAGCCGGCAAAGUUGGCUAAAGUAGCGUUCAGCUGGCAGGACCCUCUGGAUCUGGAGUGUCAGCUGACGGAGGAAGAAAUAAUGAUCCGAGACACCUUCCGCAACUACUGCCAAGAAAAACUCAUGCCUCGCAUCCUGAUGGCCAACAGGCAUGAACAUUUCCACCGUGAGAUUGUCUCAGAAAUGGGGGAGCUUGGUGUCCUUGGCCCAACAAUUAAAGGCUGUUUGAGGAUUACAGAAGGCAAAAACAUACAAAUAGAGUUGGAAGUAAGUAGAAGAAGGAUCACAAACUCACCUGUGGCAGACAUUGCUGUGGUCUGGGCCAGGUGUGAAGAUGGCAGAGUUCGGGGCUUCAUCCUGGAGCGUGGCAUGAAAGGUUUCACAACUCCAAAGAUUGAAGGCAAGUUCUCUCUGAGGGCAUCUGCCACAGGUAUGAUCCUGAUGGAUGAGGUAGAAGUUCCCAACGAGAACCUGUUGCCACACAUCUCAGGUCUUGGUGGUCCCUUUGGCUGUCUGAAUAAUGCCCGUUAUGGUAUCGCCUGGGGAGCCCUGGGGGCUGCAGAGUUCUGCUUCCACGCUGCUCGGCAGUACACUCUAGACAGAAUCCAGUUUGGCGUGCCAUUGGCCAGGAACCAGCUGAUGCAGAAGAAGAUGGCAGACAUGCUCACAGAGAUCACCAUUGGCCUUCAGUCCUGUCUAACCCUUGGAAGACUUAUUGAUAAGAAGAAAGCAGCACCAGAGAUGAUCUCCAUGCUGAAGAGGAACAGCUGUGGCAAGGCCCUUGAUAUUGCCCGACAGGCCAGGGACAUGCUGGGAGGAAACGGCAUUGCCGAUGAAUACCACAUCAUCCGUCACGUCAUGAACUUGGAGGCUGUCAACACCUAUGAAGGGACUCAUGACAUCCAUGCCUUGAUCCUGGGCAGAGCCAUCACUGGGCUGCAGGCAUUCACUGUGGAAAAGUAAAUAGACCUCCAUGAAACUGAUGUUCUGGGAACAUCGUUUUCCUUCUGUAAGAGGCAGUGCCACUGAGAUUUACCAUAAACACUUGUCAAUAUUUUUUCCAAACUACUGGGACUAAGCAUUCAUUUGUGUCCAGGUUAAAGGGCUACUUUAUAGCCAUACUGGAGCUAAACCUUGGAAACCAUAACAACUGCUUUUUUUUUUUUUAACAAACCUGUCCUGAUUAUCAUUCAUUCGGGUUAUGGAAGCCAGAAAAUGAUGGCUGGGUCAUUGAAUUGCAUCUGACUUGGAUGUACUGAGGAAGGAGGAUCUUCAUGCUGCUUAAAAACAUCAGUGCUCCAACCACAGACUGCUCUUGUGUGAGCUGAGAGAACUGAGGAAGACUCCAGGAUAUGUGUGGAAACAUCAUAAAAACUAAGCAAAAGUCUGUUUGGCUCCGAUUUAAGCCUGUUGGAAUGUAUUUAACUACAACUUAAAAGUAUGACACUUUUAUAACUUGUUGCAUACACAACUGUGAUAUUUGUUGAUACUAAAUUAUGUAUAUACAUUGGUUUGAAUGAUUAUAAUUGUUGUGUAUGUACAGAUCACAUUUAAGUUUUUUGUGCCACAAUGUCCUGUAAAUACCACAAUAAUACUUGAC